AUGAUUGACUUAGCAAAGCUCAAUCCAAUGAAAAACUGGGGACUUAACAGAGUUCUCGGAUACUGCGUUGGUGCUGAUGUCGGCGCAUCCGGUAUCAGAAUUCGCGUUUCAAAUCCUUCAAAUGCAAACGAAAUCAUCGAUAUACCUCACCAAAAAGCAAGAAAUGCUCAACAGCUUCUUGACGCAAUCAAUAAAGCAAACGAAGUUAUUCACAAAGCAGUACCAAAAGCGAAGUGUUUCGGAUCUGCUUUUGCAAUUGCAGGACUUAGAAAAGGUGAUGACAUCAUUCCAAGUAACUGGGCUCCUCCGGAUGAAGUUCGUACAAUCAGAACAGCUCUCUUCCCAGAAGGCAUGUAUCCAAAGGAAAAUCAUUACUUGUUAAACGAUCUUGAAGCAUGCGCUUAUGGUAUUUAUGCAAUGGAUCUCCAUGGAGAUUGCAAUAAAUACUUCAGAAAGCUUUGGGGACCAGGAGAGAAAGUUGUAGGAAAAACAAGAACAGCAGUUAUGGCUCUUGGUUCGGGUCUUGGCGCUGCUCUUAUAUUGAAGGACCCAUACAUGGAGAAACCAUACGUUUUACCAACCGAAUUCGGCUUCCUUCAGAUGCCAACAAUCAUGAAAGCUCAUGAGAAUUACGACUACGAACAAAAGAUAUUCCAAUACACUUCUGACUAUUACUACGAUGGAGCUACAUGCCCAGGCUUCGAAGAUUUCGCUUCUGCAAGAGCUAUCAGAUCUCUCCAUAAAUAUUGGGUUCCUUCAUCAAACGUCGAAGCAGCUACAAUCUCAGAUAUGGCUAAAGCCGGAGAUAAGCAUGCAUAUCAAGCAAUGCUUCAACAUUAUAUUUAUUAUUCUCGCCUUGCAAGAACUCUUGCAGUAGGAAUGAAAUGCGACUCAAUCGUAAUGGCUUUGUUCAAUCAAGUUAACAAUGACUACAUGAUUGUCGAUAAUACAGACAAAUUGAAGUUCGAAUUCUUCGAUGGAACUCAUCCAGAAUGGAUCAAGGACACAAGCGUUUACUCGCAGAAGAUUGAUCACAAUUUCAACUUAUUUGGUGCAACUUAUAUGGCUCAUAGAGCAAUUAAUAAGCAGUAA